UUGCAGAAUUAGAAGCGAAGACAGCAUGAGUCAGUGUAAGAUGCCCCCUCUUGAACCCGGACCGGUCAUACCAGGCUAUGGGGAUCCUGUCUUCUUCAACGAGACUGAGAGAGCCUAUGGUGCUUCCCUUGUGUUCCGGGGUGAAGUCGAAAAGCGCGUCAACAACGGGGAGGCUUUUACAAGCUACAGGCCGGUGUCGUUUCAGGCUCAGGUGGUUGAAGGAAUAAACUACAAGAUCCAGGUCGAGGUUAGGAUCUGGCUGCCAGCACCAAUUGAACCGCCGGAGAUUGUGCAGAAGACCGUUGAGAUGACGGUGUACUGGGGUCUCCCACCGGCCAUCCCCAAACUCACGGACGCCAAGAUUCUGGAACCUGUGGAGAAGUAG